AUGCAGAUAACCACACAGAAAGAACAGGACGACGUCAACAUGCUCAUGACUCUGAUGGGCGACGCGGUGUCCGUAGACGUCGCACUCAAGGUCUUGCGCAAACACAAUGGCGAUAUGGACAAGGCAGCCAGUGCCUUGCUCGAGGGUGAUCUAGGAGAAGUAGCCAGCACUAUGGACACAUCUUGGGCGGGUGGGCCAGCUGUCGGACCACGCACGCCUCCUCGUAAGUCUACCCCUGAAAAGGAUACCUCAGUCAUUGAUCUGACUGCGGAAGAUGAGGAUAAAGAGCUUUCUCGAGCACUGCAGGCAUCCCUUGAGGGUACAGGAGCGCAUUUCGGACCCAGCGAAAGGGCGCCAGAUCCCAACUGGGCCGUCGUUCCCUCUAAUGUGGCAACUUCUGGGGUAGACCCGCAGGACGAAUCCUUGAGCCGUGCGAUCGCAGCAAGCUUGGAAGAUGCGCCCAGUCUAGACCACUACGACGAGUUGCCACUAGAAGAGAGACUGCGAAGGGACAAAAGACCUGUGGCGCUCCGUCCGACGAGCUCGCCUAUGGCCUACGCAGGGUUGCUCCUCCAAUCCUUGUACUAUGUUCCGCAACUUCGACAUGCGAUUGCACGUUGGGGUCAAAUAUACUUCGAAAAACAAACCCGGACGCAAGAAGAUGCAGAAAUCUCACCCCAGGAACCCGGCCCAGAUCUGCUAGUAUGGUCCAUGAUGGAGAUAUUCGCAAAUAUGGAGAUCGCCCUUCUCAGCGAGCUCAACUCCGACCGUGUCAUACAAGCCUUCUCCCCGGAACCUUGGGGCAGUCCCAUCGAACACCCUGGUGACCCGACCUUCGCGUUCUAUAGCAGGAUCGCUCGUACAGUUGAAUCAUCUGUCCAGGACGAGCCCGACCGGCUGUUUCACUUCCGCUACGGAGUGAGUACCGAGGACCUGAGCAAAGUACCCUUCGACGGCGCGCACGACCUGUCCGUCGUCAAAGUCGAUGUGCGCGGGACGGAAGACGCCAACGACCUUGUCACUUGCUUGUCCUCGGAAUUGGGACUUACGGGGGCCGUGACUCCUGCGACGAAGCAACGUGUGAUCUUCGAGCCAUCGGAUAUCGUCGCUUUCCAGCUCGUGCGCGAUAAUAUGCUGCCCUCGUACGAGACGUCGAUCGGUGCGAGGACGGAGCGGACGACGUUCAAGUAUCCGAAGCAUGUAUAUUUGGAUCAGUACCUCGCCCAGAAUCUGGCUCUGGGGAAUAAGCUUCGGGAAAAGCAGCAAAGCCUCACGAAAGAGAUCGAGGAGUUGUCGGCGAACAAGCUGGCCCUGACUCGUCACAAGGAUAGGGAUACACUGACGGACUUGCGGUCAUCCUUGCAUUAUUACGAGAAUGUCGCUGAAGACGCAGGUGACGCGAUCCGGAAGACCACUAUACAAGACAUGGCUCUGAAGCUUCGAAAGAUCCUCACUCGCAUCGAGAACGAGUUGCAGAGUAAGGAUUACGGUCCCCUCCCGCGCCGGGUUGAAAACGAAGGCGCGAACCUGUUCAAUAUACCCGAACUACGACAACACAGGUACGAUCUCAGGGUCGUGCUAGUCCAUGAUGGCUUGUACGGCAGGAAGCACCUGUACUCCUAUGUCAAAGAAAAGGGGACGUGGUGGAAAACGCAAGACUACCUCGUCACUGAGGUGCGUCACCACUCUGGUGUUUCGGGUCAUCAACAGGUGCCCGAGGAGACGGUCCUCAACGACUGCGUGGGUCUGCACCUCGGCGCUGGCCCGUACUUCCUCGUCUACAGCCGCGCUCUGUCAGAGGAAGAGGAGAACGUGCGGGCACACUGGCUCGAGGGCGUCAAGAACAGCGUCAAGCACAACAACGAGAUAUUCCUCUCGCAACUCCCGACGCAACUGGCAUCACAAGUCCAGGAUCCCAACUCACCUCCCACUUCCCCGUAUCGCUCGCAGGCACCAUCAGAGUAUACCAUGUCUUCUGGGACGGUCGAGCCGCCUCAAUCGAGAGAGGACUUGAUGGACGUAGACAGCUAA